AUGUCAAAAUUAAAUGUUACCUCAACUUCUAACGAGUCUUCUAUUUCCUCUUCUAGCUUAAAUGUGCUUGAUAUUAGCUUAAAUAGUGAUGAACAACCUAUUCAGCCGAUUAUCAAUUUUCCACGUCGUAAAAUUUGUGAAAAACAACGUAGUUUUCAAAGUUCAUGGUACAAAGUUUAUCCUUGGAUUGAAUAUUCUGUUCAGUUGGAUGGAAUUCGUCAUUUAACAAGUUCUAUGUUUCGUGAAAAGCAUCAAGAUGUUUUAAUAGCCACAGGAUAUAAUAAUUAG